AGAGAAGGAGUAGAAGCUGAAUGAUGGCGUUCAGACGGGCUCUGCAUUUUGUUUUCAAAGUAGGAGACAGGAGCAAGACAGCUAUCUUUUACAGAGAUGUCCUCGGGAUGAAGAUUUUACGCCAUGAGGAAUUUGAAGAGGGCUGUAAGGCUACAUGUAAUGGACCUUAUGAUGGAAAAUGGAGCAAAACCAUGGUUGGCUUUGGUCCAGAGGAUGAUCACUUUGUAGCAGAGUUGACAUAUAAUUAUGGAGUGGGAGAAUAUAAACUUGGCAAUGACUUUUUGGGUUUCACCAUACAGUCGAGUCAAGCUGUCAGUAAUGCCAAGAAGAUAGGCUGGCCUCUUACUGAGGUUGGGGAAGCGCUGUACUUGACGGAAGCACCUGGUGGAUAUCGAUUCUACCUGCUCGACAAAGAUCAGCCAGACUGUGAUCCGGUUCAGAAAAUCACCUUGGCUGUGUCUGACCUGCAGCGUUCUGUACAUUACUGGUCCUCACUGCUGGGGAUGAAAAUGAUGGAGAAAUGUGAGGAGAAGAAAAGUGUACUGAUGGGAUUCUCGGACAGUCAGUGUAAACUGGAGCUACAGGAUAUCAGGGCUUCUGUGGAUCAUGGAACCGCUUUUGGCCGGAUUGCAUUCUCUUGCCCACGAGAACAGUUACCUGACCUUGAGGCUCUGAUGAAAAAGGAGAACCAGAAGAUCCUCACGCCCCUUGUCAGCCUGGACACUCCGGGGAAGGCGACUGUGGAAGUGGUCAUUCUGGCUGAUCCUGACGGGCAUGAGAUCUGCUUUGUGGGAGAUGAAGCUUUCCGCCAGCUGUCUGCUUUCGACCCGAGUGGAAAUGAGUUGCUUGAUAAGGCCAUGGCUGCUGAUAAGAGUGACGAAUGGUUUGCAAAACACAAGAAGCAGAAGGCGUCAGCAUAAAGUCUUUUAGUCUCUGCGGAAAAGUCAAAAUGGCAAAAUGAUGAUUUAUUACUGUCUUUGAUUUCAUUGCUGCAGUAUCUGUUUGUCUGGCUUUAUAUGUUUGUGCUGAUUAGAAGCAACACAUGUCCACACAGAGAUUUAUGUUUGAUUUGUAUUUGUGCAUAAAAUUAUAUUGGAAGCAUUAAAAAUAUGUGUUAAAUC